AUGUUUGACAUGAAGUAUCCAUCCUUCGCCAAUGUCACUUUCCGUCAACCUUCUUUCACUCCCACCGGUGCCACUGUCGCCACAGUCACUUUCCAUGACCGCCUCAAUAUCCUCUCCAUGUCCGCCACCUUCCUCCACCAUGAUUCUCUGGCGGUGAUCCUGAACGCAUUCGCCUUGUACCUUUCUAGACCGCAGAGGCAGAUUGUCGACAGACUCAUCGUCGGGAGGCUCCUCGUCGUUGGCAUGGUGUUUGUGAUUGUAGCGUCGGUCAACAACCCGUCGUAUCACCGGCUUUCGUCAGAGGAGGACGUGCAGAACAACUCCGAUAGCGGUAGAGACGCGUAG